AUGGAGUGGUCAAACGAUUUAAUUUUGGAGUUCCUUGAGUUAUAUGAACAGGAACCUUGUAUCUGGAAUCCUAAACAUCCACAACACAAAAUUCGGAAUUCUGUGAAUGAUUCUUGGAACAACAUUUCCAAAAACCUCAGCCAAAAAUAUACAAUUUGCGAAUUAAAAAAGAAAAAAGAUUCGUUGAUGGCCACAUAUAGAAAACUUGCAAACAGAGUAAAAUCUAGCAAAAAAACGGGUUCAGGCUCGGAGGAUAUCUUCAAACCUGACUGGUUUGUUUAUGAAAUUAUGGCUAGAUUUCUACACGGAGUAUGUCAACCUCAUACUACUAAAAACUCAGAGGUAAAGUAA